ACCUGGCCAGUAGGGGUCAUUUGGGAUGCAGCCUUGUUUUGAUCACCUGUGUGCUCUGAGAUGGAGAAAACCCUGGUUAAGUUCCGACACUGUGGGAAAGAUAUUUAUAGUUUUUCGAAAGCAGAUGUGACGUUAAAUGAGCAGAGCGCACGUGCUGCUGAGGGAGGUGUGUGUCCUGUUUGCUGUCAUCCUCUCGCGCUUGGGCUUUUAGACGCCCCGGUGGCGCUUCCUUCUCCUUUCACAAACGGCCAUGAAACUCAGUGCUCGUUUCUUUUAGGAGCAAACGAAGGACCAUGGUAUUUAGGAGAAUGGCGCGAGACGGAGUUACAUGUUGGACUCUCCGAUUCAAAAGGUUUGGUCUAUAACUACACGCUGUCAGGAGUCCAGAGGGAUGAACACGGAUGGGAGCAGUGUGUGUCCAUCCAACUGGUUCCUCCGUACAGAGAAGACCUAAUACAGUUAUGGGAUAAAGAACUGAAGCUCUUUUCAUCACUCCCAGCGUGGACUCCAGAACGGUUCCAUGAGGAGAGGGAGUUUGGCUUGUGUUGCUAUGGUUUCGCCCUGACUUUCAUUAACCACAUGAGAUCGCUGGACAGUAAAGCCCCUCUUAGCAGAAAUGAGUUCACCAGUGCCCAUGUUUUAUCCCGAAUGAAACGUGCCUCCAUGUACAUCAGGGUGUAUGAAGAAAUAUCACAACAUGGCUUUUACAUUGUUGAUAAAUAACGUCUUGUAGUUCAGAUAAUUAAUGCUUUUCAUGUGAAACUCAUACACCCAGUUCACAGUUUUAAACUGAACCAUUUGUUAUGUAAUAAAUAGUAAUUUUAUGUUUUAAUUUUUGUUAUUUGCCAGUAAUUUCAAUAUGAAAUCAUUGUUGCCACAUGGAUCUGUGUAUAGCUUGAAAGUUUCUUUUCUACUAAUGGAUAUUGAAUUAGAAAUGUCCCUUCAUAUAAUCCACACUGAAAAUCAGAAGCAUGCUUUUUGCCUUAAAAAUUGAAAUAAUCCAACCUAAAGGAACAGGGUCUAUAUCAAAUCAUUGUUAAAUGGUAAAGCGAGCAUCACAUUGAACACUCUCUCUCCCUGAAUGCUACAUAACCUUGAAUAUAUUAUUGCAGAACAAAAACGAGAAGUCUACUAAGCAUUGAUUUUAAAAGCAUUUCUAUUUUUUUUAAUUUUCUGUAAAAAAGGAAAAUGAAUACUUAGUUAAUGUUUUGAUUUUGUAACUCUGUUUGGUGCAUGCUUAAAUUGUGGCCGUAACGGGAAGCAGUUGUUUAGCAGCAAUACUCAGAUAGGCUGUGGCUUUCAAACAAUGCCUGAUUGGUAUUAAUGGGUCCAGUGUGUGUUCCAAGAAAAUUCCCCACAUCAUUACACUGCCACCACCAGCCUGAAUUGUUGACACAAGGCAGGAUAAGCUCACAGAUUCAUGCUGCCGAUGGCAAAAAAAAUUCAGACUUGUCACAGCAGAAACCGAGAUUCAUCAGACGAGGCCUUGUGUUUCCAAGCUUCAGCUAUCUAAUUUUGGUGAACUAAGCCCACUAUAGACUCAUGCUGCGUCCCAAUUCGCCUACUAUCCAUCCUAUAUAGUAUCUGAGAUUAGAACUAGAGUGUCCCAAAUUGUAGUAUGGUGAAAUGAGUAUCCCAAAGGUACCCGGAUGGUAUACUAUUUCUACUAUCUCCUACUAUCACCCCCCUCAAAAAAAAAAAAGUCAAACAAGGGACUCUUGAACAACUAUCAGUAAACAAAAAAACACAGCUGUGGAUCAUUCAGGUAACAACACAGUAUUAAGAAUCGAGGGUAUGUAAACUUUUGAACGGGGUCAUUUUUAUAAAUUCAACUAUUAUUUUCUCUUGUGGACUAUAUGUAAACAUCUUUUAUGUGAAAUAUCUUAUUCAGGUCAGCACUAAAUAAACAAUAACAUGCAUUUUG